AAUUUUCGGAACUGACAAUUUAUCUGGGCUGGUAUUUUUAUGGCGUAAAUUAUUUAUUUACCUCAAAUAAUUGUUGCACUCCAUUGAAUCACGUGAACCAGUUAUCUUAGUUCAUUUUUUGUUAACCAGAUCCAUUUAUCUCUAAGCUACUAGACUUGUCUACUUUGUUUAUCUAUCAAGCCACCGUGCAUAAUUUUCACGUUUGUUUGCAUAACACAGUGUUUAGAAGUCUAAUGCUCGAAAAUGAUCCCAGAUAACGUGACUUUGAUUGUAAAGGCGCCGAACCAACAGAUCGAGGAUCAGAAUAUCCAGUGCCAGUCCUCAUGGACUGUGAAACAACUCAAAGGAUACCUCUCUGAAGUCUAUCCCAGCAAACCUAGCACAGACGAACAGAAAAUCAUAUACUCAGGUCAGCUGCUAGACGACACCACAAUACUCAAGGAUGUCUUACGUAUUUACGAAAGCCAAAUCGGCCACACCAUGCAUCUAGUCUGCACCCCUAGACGCCGAACCAUAGACCCGAAACCAACCCCCGCGCCAACUGUCACGCCACCGGAAACGGAUGGCGUAAGACGCCGCCAUGUUGCACCGGAAGCGCCGGCCACAGAGAACGUAAACCGACCAGAGACAAGACAGAACGAUCAGAACCACACAGUCGAGAUGCAGAACUAUUUGACCUCCUUCGUGAAUAACUAUGGGAGAGUGCCGCCGUAUCCGAAUAAUUAUAGUUUUGGCGAGUAUUUGCCGGUGGCUAAUGAUCCGGCGUCGAUGGCGAAUCACAUGAUGAUGAUGCAACAGGCGUACAUGCAGUAUAUGCAGCAAUAUGCUAACAUGUGGCAAGCUGGCGGUAAUGCGAUGCCUGGAGUUCCACCAAUGAACGGAGCCAAUGAUGUUCCUGCUCAGCCGCCCGCACCGGAAGCGCCGGCCGUGCCGCCGGAAAACGCGGAGGAUCUGCGCCGCGAUUGGCUGGACCACAUCUACGCCGCGUCACGAUUGGCCGUUCUGUUCUCGCUGGUGUAUCUGUACUCGAGCCCGUUCAGACUGCUAUUGGUUAUGCUGUUGGUCGCUGCUGGCUAUUUACACCAAAUCGGAUUUUUCCGCGAGUUGGCCGUUCAAGCGAACAAUGAACCACCAGCCAACCAACCUCCACAACCGGCAGAACGCAACAACGCCAACGAAAACGUCGACAACGCAACGCCACCGGAGCCACCCGUUGCUAACAACGCGAAUAACGUUGCCGACAACGACAACCAACAAUCAAUACUGGCUGUUUCCUGGAUGAUCUUUUCCUCGUUCUUUGCCUCGCUCAUACCGGAAAUGAACCAGUGAGUUGUCUAUGGCCGUAAGUCUCUGAUUGGCUAAAAUUUGUGACGUCACGCCAGGUUUUGACAGCGGCUGUAAAACGGGGUGUUUUUAAAUUUUUGGGUGUUUCAAGUGUUUGUAUUAGAUACGGUUCCUCAGGUUAAAAGUUGGUGUGAGAUUUUUACUAUCUAUACAAUAAUUACUACUAUGCAAAUUAUGGAGUUCAUUCUAAAUUUAACUAACUAGGAAUAUAAAAUUGUGGGUACUAUAUACUAUAAUUAUUGCUAUUUAAUGAACUCAUAAAAUCACUCAUAAUUUCGGUAAUAUUGUAUUUCCAGUGUACCAUAUUAAAGUACAUACCUACCUUUAAGCCUAUGUCCAGCAGUGGAUGUCUAUGAAUGUUGGCCGAUUAUGGAAUGUAACAUAUAAGUAGCUAAUAUGUAAAAUCGGAUUGUUAACUGCCUAUCCAAAGUUUCUAUCUGAAUUUAAAAUUCAGUUACUGGUAAAAAAAUGUCUUACUCAUCUUUUUAACUUUAAAAGUCACAUUAAUGUUUAAGAGGGGUCUUCUGGAGUUUCGCCCCUAAAGCUGAAAUCCCAGUAGGCAAACAGCUCACCUUACUAGACGUAACGACGCAAUUUGCAUAGAGUGUGCGCAAAACUAGAAAAAUGUGAACACUCGGCAUACUAAACCGAUACGCCGCUAACUCAGUCAAUAGUUUAACUCAGUUAACUGUUUACCUACUGGGAAUGCAGCAUAGAAUUUUCUGUCUUUGCGAUGUGCUAUAGCGAUGGUAUAAUUGACAUAUUGGUGUACUGAUACUAGACCAAAAAAUAUAUUGUACAUAUAAUUACUAUUAUGUUAGUGCGUAAUUCGAAUUUAAAUGGGCUUCUAGGAUUGUUCAAAAAGGUCAACCAAAAAGUGUAUACUUUAUAAACUGUAUACAUUAAAUAUUUGCAAAUUGGAUGUAGUUUUUGAACGUAUCCUAGAUUAACACGUUCACCGCCGCAGAAAUUAUAAGAUUACAAGUCAGUGAACGUGUUAAGCUCCUCAGGCUAUUUCCAUUAUAAUGUGCUCUUUAGAAAUUCUAUUUGUUUUUUCAUGCUCUUGCCAGUGAUUGUUUAAAUUCAAAAUUUCUAAUCUUUGUACAAAGCACUUUGAAAUAGCGAUAGCGUAAGGUAGUUUUAUAAAGCGUGAUUUUUCCUGCAUUUUCAUUAUUAUUAUCACUAUUAUUUAUCGUUCGCCAGUCAUUUGUUUUUCGUGUUUUAGUUCGUAUACAUUUAUUACUCAGUUUAUAUUAUUAUGUAGUAGCGUUAAUUCAAGCGGUAUUUGUAUAUUUAUUGCGUUUGGGAAAAGUUUGAAACUUUUCAAGUUUUAAACCCCAGCUCCCAGCUAUCAAAUCAUAGACAAAUUUUUAACUUUUAAAGUUUUUCAGUUAUAUCCAGAGAGCAAAUCGGUAACGGAAAAUGGGGCUGGUUUUUUGAACUUAUGAGAGAUAAAAUAUGCCAUUUUAGAUCGUAAAAAGUAAGCGCUAGUUAUAUUCACCAUACAAAACUGCCUGUCGGUUAAAACAUAUAACAAACUUGUAACUUAUUUUAGUAAAACAUGUCAUAUUUUAAUGUACAUAGCUAUUAAUACAUAGCAAUUUAUGACUUCCACGUGAAUACUGUUGUAAAUAAAUUGUUAAAAUGAAAUAAUUUUAUUGCAUUUUAACAAUUUUAUAAAUACCUAACGGAUUUGCUAAGGUAUAUUUUAAAACAAAAUUAUUUAUGUUCUGUGAUAAGGUUAUUUUUUAGUAUUGUUUGAGCUAUAAAUAAAUUAAAACUUAUUUUAAA